GUGAAGAAGAAACAGCCCAUGGGGCCAUCGGCAGGCGGAUCUGCUCCUCCUCCGCCUGGUAGGUCCGGAUCGAAGUCGGCCGCUGCCGCUAAGCAUUCUAACCUUUCAGGGCCUGGUAACCGUAAGAGGCCUCAAGACGACCGGACCCCCUCCCUGCUUCCCGACGACCUUAAGCGUCGUAAAGUUGACAAGGGCAAGGAGAAAGUUGUCGAAAGAAACACUGCUUCUACCGUCACUUACAAAGACGUGCUGGUCAAGAUGCCUUUUCGGCUCUGGACUCACCCAGAGCCGCAUAAGGUGGCAAGAUACCUCCAUUCUCUACUCCCCGAAGCCGACAAGGCCCGUGUCGAGGGGAAUGAUUACGAGCGCUCUUGCUACGUCACUCAGUGCCUUACUCGGGUAUGUGCUUUGUACUUGAGUGGGCUAAAGUUUGAUCUAGCCACAGCAGUCCGACUGGAGCGGCCAGACACGAUGCACACAACCAUGGAGGUAGCCCGACGCCGCGAAGACCAUCUAGUUGAAACCCGAAGGGGACGGGCGGAUGGACGAUUCACCGAUACCCGACGCACGGGCCCGAUCCAUACGACCGCGGGUGCACGACCAGCCAUCAACGUUCGACCACCGGGGCCAGUAAUCAGGCGGCUAUCUCUCGAGGAAGUCAAGCGUCGACGAGAGAAGGGCCUAUGCUUGAAAUGCGAAGACAAAUUUACACUAGGCCAUCAAUGUAAGCAAGCUUUUGUGAUCGAA